AAAUUCCUGUGGGCUGCUGCUGCUGCUGCUUCGUCUUCCUCUUCAUUUUCUUAUUCUUGUCGACAGAUUUUGGGGUUUGGGAUUUUCGCGAUUGAGAUUCGAAGUUUCAAAAUUUACAUUCAAAGCUUGAAAACAGGGAACCUUCUUUUUAUUUUUUUUAAAUGACUGAUUGCGAAGAAACGCGGCAUCAAGGAAACGGCGAUAACCUCGAAAACAGUUACGGCGGAGGGUCUUCUCCUCAGCCUCGUUCUGACAAUCAAAAAGAUUCUAAAUCUCAGCAUGGAUCUCGGGAUUAUGAGAGAGAGUCCUCUAGAAGUAGGGAAAAGGAGAGAGAGAGAGUGCAUGACAAGGAAAGGGAAAAGGAUCGUGAUCGCCAUAGGGAUAGGGAUAGGGACCGAGAAAAGGAUCGUGAUCGGGACCGCCAUCACAGAGAUCGUCAUAGGGAUCGUAGUAGGGAGCGUAGUGAGAGGAGGGAUCGGGGAAGAGACAGGGAUGAUGAUGAUUAUUACCGUAGUCGAGACUAUGACAGAAGAAGGGACUAUGACAGAGACAGGAAGGACAGGCCUGGGCGCAGCUCCCAAUCCCAUUCAAGGGGUAGAUCUGAACGCAGAUCAAAGUCAAGAUCUCGUUCUCGCUCACGCUCACGCUCAAAGAGUAAAAGAGUUAGUGGCUUUGACAUGGCCCCUCCAACUUCAGCAAUGUUAGCUGCUGGUGCUGCAGCAGCUGCUACUGCAGGUCAGAUUCCUGGGACUAGCCCGACCUUACCUGGAGUAUUCCCUAGCAUCUUUCCUCUUGCAACCACUCAGCCUUUUGGUGCUCUGCCUGUUAUGCCAGUUCAGGCAAUGACUCAGCAGGCUACUAGGCAUGCUCGUCGGGUCUAUGUUGGAGGGCUUUCUCCUACAGCCAAUGAACAGUCUGUUGCGACAUUCUUCAGCCAAGUCAUGGCUGCAAUUGGUGGAAACACUGCUGGUCCAGGUGAUGCUGUUGUUAACGUCUACAUAAACCAUGAAAAGAAGUUUGCUUUUGUAGAGAUGAGAUCUGUCGAGGAGGCCAGUAAUGCAAUGGCUUUGGAUGGGAUAAUAUUCGAGGGAGCACCUGUGAAGGUGAGGAGACCUAGUGACUACAAUCCCUCGCUUGCUGCAACUCUUGGCCCAAGCCAGCCCAGUCCCAAUCUUAAUCUAGCUGCUGUGGGUCUAACUCAGGGCACUUCUGGUGGACUUGAGGGUCCAGACCGCAUAUUUGUUGGUGGGCUUCCUUACUACUUCACAGAAGCACAGAUCCGCGAGCUAUUGGAGUCCUUUGGGCCUCUUCGAGGGUUUGAUCUGGUAAAAGAUAGAGAAACUGGAAACUCGAAAGGCUAUGCCUUUUGUGUUUAUCAAGACUUGUCAGUUACAGAUAUAGCUUGUGCUGCUCUAAAUGGAAUUAAAAUGGGUGAUAAAACUCUCACCGUUAGGCGAGCAAACCAGGGUGCUACCCAGCCUAAACCUGAGCAAGAGAGUAUACUCCAGCACGCACAACAGCAGAUUGCUUUGCAGAGGCUUAUUUUGCAACCACAAGGGGUGCCUACGAAGGUUGUUUGCUUGACUCAAGCACUUAAUGUGGAUGAUCUCAUGGAUGAUGAGGAGUAUGAAGACAUUGUGGAAGACAUGAGGCAAGAGGGUGGAAAAUAUGGUGAAUUAGUGAAUGUUGUCAUUCCACGCCCAAAUCCAAAUGGAGAACCAUCCCCAGGCGUAGGGAAGGUAUUUCUGGAGUACUCAGAUGUCGAAGGUUCCAAAAAAGCCCAAGUGGCUAUGAAUGGUCGGAAAUUUGGUGGGAAUCAAGUUAUUGCUGUCUACUAUCCGGAGAGCAAGUUUGCAGAGAGGGAGUACGAUGGCUAAUUUUUAUAUGAACUCUUCUUAGCAUUGUGAUUCUCCAUGUUCAGUUGAUUCACAUUGUGACAUAAUAUAUGUUAAAACUUAGUUGAGAUGAAUGUGGAGAUUAUUUCUGAUUCUGAAGCCUUUGUUGAACCGUAUAUUUCAUAAGGUUCAUUUCAGGGGUGACUCAUAGCAAGUCUUUCUAUUGCUGGGACAGUUGGGUGAUUUUGGCCGUCAGAUUUCCAUAAUAUUUAGGCUUUGGGAACUUUUUGGUUUACGGUAGAUGAUUCAGAAUUUUUUUUCUCUUUUAUUCUUCUUGUUACUACUACUACUAGAAUGUUUUUCAGUUCAUGCUUCAGGUUGGGUUGAUUAUUUAUUUAUAUCAAAUUAUAGAGUAAAAAUAUGUUGCAAGUCA